UCCUUUUGAAAGGCAAACUAGCAGUCUGGACUACAAUUCCUAGAAUCCCCUAUGGCAUUGCUCUCAUUGCUACUAUGCCCUGGCAUAGAAACAAGCCAUCCCAGAAAUUCAUGCCACACACCACCUUUCUUGCAGGUCCCUCCUCUUGGUGUCAGAGAUCCGGAGAUUCCUUGAUGUGGUGAUGAGCUGCAGAAAUAAUAGAUCCGCAUCACCAUGGAUGAAAGUGUAGCGGAUUCUGUCACUGAUGAUGCCUCAAAUACUAACGAUACAGUUUAUGUAGAUAAUGAGGAAACAAUGAAAAUCGAUGAUGUGACUGUGUGUUUCUCAGUUGAGGAACUGGAUUCUUUGGAAGACAGAGAAAAGGGGCAACAUAACAAUCAAAACACAAAAAAUCACCAGAGCCCCAAUUUAGUGGGUUAUCUCUAUGUGAAGCCAGAGACUGUACCCAGAAUUCAUCGCGGAGAAGAGCUGUGCGUAAAGAGUGAUUUAUACACUCACAAGAGGAAAAAACGUGCAAAUUGCUCAUUAGAUGAAUUAAUCUAUAGAAACAAAUUAAAAACCCCAGAAUCACCUGAUCUGACAAUUGGAGAUGAUCAAUUUUUGCAAAAACCUGAUAGAGGAGAAAACAUAACAUCAGCAAGAGUAAACAAAAAACAUGCAAUUUGGAAAAGCUUAUCAACAAAGAUGAAGUUCACCAGUGAAAGAGAAGGUCCAUUAUAUAAAAAAUGCAUACCGUCUGGCAAGGACGAAAGUCAAAAGAAUACUCAAGAAAGGAGCUACAAGUGCAAUGAUUGUGGAGAUUAUUUCAGUGAGCAUUCAUUCUUUCUUGUUCACCAAACAUCCCAUAUAGGGCAGAAACUCAACCCUAUUAUUAAGCGUAGUAUAACAAAACAUAUUAUAUAUGGCUCAAAGCCAGGGACAGAAAGGAGAAUCCAGACAGAAGCAAAGUCCUAUACAUGUAAAGAAUGUGGAAAGAGUUUUACUCAGAAUGCAAGUCUUAUUGUUCACAAGAGAACUCACACAGGGGAAAGACCACACAAAUGCAAAGUGUGCGGAAAAAGUUUUAUCAGUGGGUCAUACCUUGUAAUGCACCAGAGGGUCCAUACAGGAGAACGGCCAUAUGUCUGCAAUGAAUGUGGGAAAAGGUUUAUUAGCAGCUCAAAUCUUAUAAUACACAAGAGAGUUCACACCGGAGAGAAGCCAUAUCUCUGCACAGAAUGUGGCAAAUGUUUUGGUCACAGCUCACAUCUUGUUAGACAUCAGAAGGUUCAUACUGGAGAGAGACCUUUUACAUGUGCUGAAUGUGGAAAAUCCUUCUCCCGAAGAUCACAUUUGGUUAGACAUCAGACUAUUCAUACAAGAAGCCCACCAAAUAAAGUUGUUUGAAAUUUUAUUAAUGUACUUGAACAUUAAUAUUGUGUUGACUAUAAAGAAUAUUAAUGUUUUAGAGAUGAUAUUCAGGUACAUAUGUUGUCUUUAAUGAAGGAGUAUGUGCAUACUUUUUUUUGGGGGGGGGGUUACACUUUCAUUGUAAAUCAUGGAUGUAAUAUACAAAAUUUGACACAAAGUUGGUGAAAAAAUUUUUUGCUUAAUGCUUUAUAGGCAAUAUAAUUAUGUUCUACACUUCUACCCGUUAAAAGGACAUUGCAGUGCGAAAAUGACAUGCUCUUGUUAGUUUAAAUAUGUAAUUAAGCACUAUUGACUCUGGAAGCCUGCAAGGGGCUGAACACAUAUUUAAAGUCACACUUAGAAACUGCAAACAUUGCAGCUGCUGAACAGAACUCGGCUGCUAAUUGUCAAGGUCACACAAUUACCUCUCUUGGUCAUCUCACCAGUCGUGCCUGCUCAAUUUCCCUGUGGCUUCCGAGUGAGCGUUUUAAAGGGACAUGAAACCCCAAUUUAAACAACUUUCCAAGUUACUUCUAUAAUCAAAUGUGCUUCAUUAUCUUGUUAUCCUUUGCUGAAGGAACAUCAUUGCACUACUGACAGCUAGCGGAACACAUCUAGUUAGCAAAUCACAAGAGACAAAUGUGUGCAGGUACCAAUAAGCAGCUAGCUCCCACUAGUAUAGGAUAUGUGAGUAUUCUUUUUCAACAAGGGAUACUAAGAGAACCAAGCACAUUUAAAUAUAGAAGUGGAAUUAAAAAUCUCUUAAAAUGACAUGCUCUGCCUCAUCUUCCACAAGUGGAAAGAUAAGGCAAUACCUAAAUUUAUAGAAAUAAUGAGUUUUAUUAAAAAGCAAUGUAUCAUCGAACAGAGAGACACUGAUGCCAAUUUAGAACCACAAGUGUGGUCUUUUUUUUGGAAAAUGGUCAAUUUUUAUUAAAUCCCUCUCUAAUGAAGAACAGGGCAUUAUUACAUUUCCAUUUAAAAAUACAGACUUAGUCCUACUUGGAAUAUAUUGGCAGACUCUAUAUACUGUGCUCCAGAGGAAGAGAGAGGGGAAAAUUAUAUUAUUAUUUUAUUUUUUUUCUCUCUCUCGAGGUUUGGUAUUAUAAGAAAACUCAGACAGAGAGUACAAUUUUCAGUUUCAAUUUAACACAGAUGUUUUGACAUCAUGAACUAUUUAUAUUUAAAAUUCUACAUGUCUGUUUAUAAUAUUUUCCCUUUCCUUUUUGUCUUCUGUACCCUGUCUCUUUAUAAAUAAAAAAAUUUAAAGAAAAAAAAA